CAUACUCGGCAACUACCAAUGGAAGUCUUGGGUCAGCAGAGCAAAUCAGUGACAUCUCCAGAAUCACAAAACAUUGCUCCCAACGAGUCCGGGCACGCAACCCGGGGAUCACCGGCCAUCCUUUUUUCCGGUGAUCGGCAUGAUCUUCUCCGUCGGCAGCUCAGGACCAUAAGACUCUGGUUCCUCCCAAGCGGCAUGGGUCCUGCCAAUCUCUUCAUCCUUGUACUUACAACUACGGCGCCAUUACUCUCCACCUCGCAGCCCUUUAACUAUUCCAUGGCCAGACCUUCGAUGGUGUGGAUCAACAACGCCUCCUCCUACUAUGAUAUACCCACCGUGGACCCAGCUGUCACCAGUUUUGUACCACAAGGAGCUAAUUCUAGCUCCGGGUUCGCCUUUGCCGCGGGGUUCGUUUGUGCCUCCACCCUCGUGUGCGACGUGUCCCUCUUUGCUGUUUCUGUUGUCAGCUAUGCAAGGAACCGGCUUUUUCUGGAGCAGGUUGUCUGGUCUGCCAACCGGGAUCACCCUGUUAGGGAGAAUGCCACCCUCGAGUUUACCUCGCACGGAAAUUUAGUCCUCCGUGAUGCUGAUGGUAGCCACGUCUGGUCGAGCAGCACCUCAGGUCAGUCUGUAGCAGGCAUGGUGAUCAGCGGGACUGGAAAUCUGAUGUUGUUUGACAAGAAAAAUGCGACAGUGUGGCAGUCAUUUGAUCAUCCUACCGAUACAUUGAUCCGUGGGCAGUCACUUCUAGAAGGUAUGAAGCUCACAGCAAGUGCCUCUGCAACAAAUACGACUAAGAAUCAGUUCUAUAUCACAGUACUCCCACACGGAUUAUAUGCUUAUGUUGAAUCCACACCACCACAACUCUACUUUUCAUUCUAUUACUCGGUGGCCGAUCACAGGAAGGAAAAUGAUUUAACAAGGGUUACAUUCAUGAACGGAAGCCUCACGAUCUUUGUGCAGUCAGAUAGGUUUGGUGGUAUCUCAUUGCCAGCAAGUGAAUCCAACCAAUACAUGAAACUAGAGUCAAAUGGACACUUGAGGUUGUACGACUGGGAUGACAGAUCUAUUUUGUAUGAAGUAAUGCAGAUAGAUGAUUGUGAUUACCCAACAGUUUGUGGGGAGUAUGGCAUAUGCAUCGGGGCCCAAUGCAUUUGUCCAUAUGAGAACACUUUCUUCAAGGCGGUGGACGAACGACGGCCCCAUCUUGGUUGCACACCAUUAACUCCAAUCUCUUGUCAAGAAAAACAACGGCAUCGACUAUUGGCCCUUCCCUCCAUUUCUUACUUUGAUAAGAACUACACGGUAGUGAACGCCAAAAGCAUGGCUCAUUGUAAGAAAGCCUGCUUGAAGAGCUGCUCCUGUAGGGCCAUCAUCUUCAGUUAUUACCACAAUGAUUCCUAUGGAGAAUGUGUGUGGGUGACAAAGGUCUUCUCCUUGCAAUCAAUGAAGCAUGAGGAUGUUGGCUACAACUCUACUGCCUACCUCAAGGUGCAAAUUGAUGAAAACAAAACGAAGGUGAUGUUAGGAGCUACACUUGGAGCUAUUGGUGCUCUUUUAUUACUUGUCACUGGUAUAUGUCUUUGUCUAAAGAGGAGGGGGAAAUAUGAAGAGAAAGAUGAAUUUGAUUUUGAUCAAUUGCCUGGAAUGCUGACAAGGUUUUCUUUCGAAAAGCUGAGCGAAUGCACUGAAGGGUUCAGUAAGAAGCUAGGAGACGGUGGGUUUGGUUCAGUUUUUCAAGGGGAAUUAGGUGAAGAGAAAGUUGCGGUGAAACGUUUGGAAGGUGCCAGACAAGGCAAGAAAGAGUUCUUGGCAGAAGUAGAGACUAUUGGCAGCAUAGAACAUAUCAAUCUUGUCAGGUUGAUUGGGUUCUGCGCAGAGAAAUCUGAGAGGCUUCUAGUGUAUGAAUAUAUGUCAAGAGGGUCGCUUGAUAGGUGGAUCUAUUACCACCAUAACAAUGCCCCUCUUGAUUGGUGCACCCGGUGGAGGAUCAUUCUGGCUAUUGCCAAAGGCCUAUGUUAUCUUCAUGAGGAGUGCAGGCAUAUAAUUGCUCAUUUGGACAUCAAACCACAAAAUAUUCUCUUGGAUGACAAAUUCAAUGCUAAAGUGGCUGAUUUUGGGCUUUGUAAGUUAAUAAAUAGGGAUCAAAGUAAGGUAGUGACUAUGAUGAGAGGAACACCUGGAUAUCUGGCACCUGAAUGGUUAACUUCGCGAAUCACUGAAAAAGUUGACGUCUACAGCUUUGGAGUUGUUCUCAUGGAAAUAGUAAGUGGAAGAAAAAAUAUUGACAGCUCUCAGCCUGAGGAGGAUGUCCAGCUCAUAAAUAUGUUACGAGAAAAGGCCCAAAACAACCAUUUGGUUGAUCUGAUUGACAAGCAUGGUGAGGAUAUGGUCUCACACAAGGAGGAAGUGAUUCAAAUGAUGAAACUCGCAAUAUGGUGCCUGCAACAAGACAGCAUUCGAAGGCCUUCAAUGUCAACCGUGAUCAAAGCAUUGGAAGGUGCAAUUAGCAUAGAAACUUUCGAUGCAAAUUCAGUCAUGCCUGUUCAAGAUAAUCCAUCCACAUAUUCAGUUACAUCCCAGACAUCGAUGCUAUCUGGCCCAAGGUGAAACAGAUGGUUAAUGAGCAGAAGAAAUAACUCAUGCAAUUUGUCUUUUGUAGCAUACCAUAUUUGUACUUUGGAAAGUAUAUGUUUCUGAUGAUUGUUCAUUGAAGUUG